GUCGAAAAACCGUAGCAUAGGGUGAAAUCAGCGGCAAUAGCUGGCUGAAUCGUGGAGUGUCACAAAUAAUUCAAUAUGACAAUUUUCCGAGUAAGCAAUGUCUUCCGACUGGAUCGAAAUAUUCUACUGCAUAAAACAGCAUAUUCCUUGGCAUCAGCAGCUCCAUCCAGAAAUUAUGCAACAACAGGUAACAAUUCAGCCCGCAAGAAUAUCGUCUACGUGGAUGGGGUUCGCACUCCAUUCUUGAUGUCCGGCACAGAUUACACUAAACUCAUGCCUCAUGAAUUAGCCACACAGGCUCUGAUGUCCCUCCAGAGAAAAACAAAAAUUCCCAAAGAGGUGAUAGACUACAUCGUGUAUGGGACUGUCAUCCAGGAGGUAAAAACAGCGAAUGUAGCUCGUGAGGCAGCCAUGGGAGCUGGAUACAGUAACAAGACACCAGCUCACACUGUCACAAUGGCCUGCAUCAGCAGUAAUGUAGCGAUGACAACAGGAAUAGGACUGAUUGAAUCUGGAGUUUAUGACGUGGUUGUAGCUGGUGGAGUGGAGUUCAUGUCAGACGUGCCCAUUCGACACAGCAGAUCCCUGAGGAGUAUCAUGCUGAAAGCCUCUAAGAGCAAAUCUCUGGGACAGACACUCUCUCUUCUGGCGUCCAUCAGGCCCAACCACUUUGUCCCCGAUCUCCCAUCGGUGGCUGAGUUCUCUUCAGGGGAGACAAUGGGCCACAGUGGAGAUCGUUUGGCUUCAGCAUUCGGAAUAUCCCGAGCAGAACAAGACGAAUACGCCAUGAGAUCUCACAAACUCGCCCAGAAAGCUCAGCAAGAGGGAAAUCUGAGUGAUCUGGUGCCAUUUAAGGUGCCAAAUGUGACGAAGAUAGUGGACAGAGAUAAUGGGAUCAGAGUUUCCAGUCCAGAAAAUCUAGCUAAAUUGAAACCAGCUUUUGUGAAGCCUUAUGGCUCCAUUACAGCUGCCAAUGCGUCUUACUUGACAGAUGGGGCCUCAGCUGGACUCAUCAUGACCGAAGAGAAAGCAAAACAAUUGGGACUCACCCCAAAAGCUUACCUGAGAAAAUUUACGUACGUUUCACAGGAUCCGGUUGAUCAGCUGCUGCUGGGGCCAGCUUAUGCUAUUCCUAAGGUUUUGGAACUGUCGAAAUUAUCUCUCAACGAUAUUGGUGUGUGGGAGAUCCACGAGGCCUUUGCAGCUCAGAUUUUGGCAAACCUGAAAGCCCUGGACUCUGACUGGUUCUGCCAAACAUAUCUGAAGAGGAGUAGCAAAUUUGGAAUUCCAGAUUUGAAGAAAUGGAAUGCGUGGGGGGGUUCUCUGUCCAUUGGACAUCCAUUUGCUGCCACGGGGAUUCGUCUCGCUACGCAUACAGCGAAUCGAAUGAUCAAAGAGGACCAGCAGUUUGGAAUUAUUGCUGCUUGUGCUGCUGGUGGACAGGGCGUUGGUAUGAUAAUGGAGAGACAUCCCGACGCAAAAUUGUAGAUGUGAAAAGUUUAUAUUUUUAUAAAAAGCCAUCAAGGACUCGCGAGGAACCAAUCGUUCCAUAAUUCCUAGAGCGAUAGAUUUAUUUUUCGAGUAAUUAUUCACAGAAAGUGUUUUUAUAACGAAUUUAUUUGAUAAGAAUUAAAGAAUAUCUAAAUUGAA